AUGUCUAGAGCUCCGAUUAUAUUUACCGAAAUCAUGGACGACGUUACCAACUCGUUUUCCCUCUAUGUUGAUCCGGCACCCCCGCCCUUUGAUUCGACUUUUGAUUUUUCUGGGAAUGUUGUAUGCCAAUGGAACCUGGCAGCAGCAAAGUCAGUUCAGAGAUAUGGUAAAAAGACACUAUUACACCUCCUCAGUCUGUAUAUACGACCUAUUUUUAAAAUAUGGGCUGAAACAAAUCUACUGAACCACAAGACUUGGGUUCUCAGACCUGC